AUACUAGCCACCCUCUGUAAGCAACAUUUCUCUCGCUGAAAGGCGAGCCAAAUUCCUCAAAGAUUCAACUCAUCUUCUCUUUCUAUUAUCUUUCUCUGGUCAGUUAGCGUACUUUUAUCUCCUUAGUCUCCUGUUUUCUCACCCUCCAAGAAGAGUGGAAGAAGAAAAACAAUGGAAAAUACUAAAAAAUACUCUGAGAUGGAGACCCACCUGGAGAAAUUUUGUCACACAUGUGGUGAUGUUGGUUUUGAAGAAUUAAUUAUUACUUGCAAUAAAUGUCUAAUAACUCGCGAACAUGUUUAUUGCAUGAGGAGGAUCUAUGAGGAGGAGAUCCUAGAAGUAUGGGUUUGUGAAGACUGUAUACCAGACAAAAGCUUAAGUGAUGAGAAGGAAAAUUUGCAGAAUCGCUCUAAUACAGUCCACCAUGAUGUGGUGAUGCAUGGAGGCCCCACUAAAAUUUGUGAUGAUUCUGGACAACAUAGUCAUGCUAAAAGACAAAAGCCUGUGGAAACUGGAAAAGUAAAAUUUCUUUCUACUGAAGAAGUAAUUAAAUUAUCAUCAGGUGCUGCAAAAAUGGGAUCUCUUUCAAAGACUAAUUUGGGAUACAGGCCUGGCAUUUCAUCUGUCACUCCAAAGCUCUGCCCAGUGAGAGUGAAUCCGAACACAAUCUCUUCAGGUCUUAUGAAGCCUCCUGGACAUGGUAGAAUCCAAAUCAGUUCAAUAACUAGCCAACAUGCAUCCAGAACAUCAAAUGAUGAACAAAAGGCUACCGUCAAUUCUGUGAAGGAGGGCAGUUGCAAGGUUGCCUUCAGUACUGUGAAGGAAAGUGGUUUCAAGGACCAGAAAACAACUUCUACCAAGCCUGCCGAAGAAGUUGAAGCUUGCAAUGCCAAUGUAAUUGUCAAACCUGUAAAAAAAUGCUACAACAAUGUGAUUGCUAAGGAAGCCAUAGCUUGCAAUAUAAAUGCGGAGGAAGCGAAGAACAAGUCAUUAGGCACAUCUUCAACAUCAGCAAAUGCUCCACCUAUUAUAGGCAUUGACUCUUGUCCUGUUGCUGAACCUGAGAAGUCUGGUGUUGAAGUAAGAGAAUCAACAAUUAUUCGGACUAAACUUAGCCUGUAUCGUCAUUGUUUCCCUGCUUUGUGCACCACUUGGAAGGGAGGAUUCACCUUCUUUGAUACCACCACACCUGGUAAAUUUUAUGGUGGGUUCAAUGCUCAGCCUCCAUGUAGAGUAAAUCGUAAGGCCUAUGAGUUUUCACGAACAAUGCCUACAAUCCUUGGGGUUAACCUGCUUCCACUAAACCAUAUUCGGUCAGAUAUAUUCCAGAAUGAUUAUCCAGAUUUUCGUGACAUUGCACUAUAUUUUCUCCCUUCUCCUACUAUUGAGAGAUCCAAAGGGAACUAUGACAGUCUGUUCAAGCUUUUGGAAAUUGAAAAUUCUGUAAUGAGAAGUUACAUCAGUGGCAUGGAGUUGCUAAUAUUCACAUCAAAACAGCUCCAUUCAGAUUUGCAAGAUGUUACUGAAAUGCUAAAUACUGGACAGUUCUUAUGGGGAGUUUUUCGCAAUGGACAAGACAAAAUUGCUCUGGAGCAAGAUUAUGCCAGCAUAGAAAGCAGUGAGACUGUUGAUAUGGAAAUUGACAUGGUUGGUGGACGGCCUUUGGGGAGAGUUGAUGCUGAUGUGAACGUGUCAAACAGCAAGAUUUUGAAUGCUUUUAAGAGUGAAGCAAAUAUCCCCCCUGGUUUUGAAGAACUGUCAAGGCAGAAAUUAAGAAACAUGCAGUGCAAAGCCAAAUUUAGAGAGGAGGAAACUCAUUUCAAUGAUGGGGAAGUUGUAAGGCGUGCGAAAAAGGGGAACAUUGAUCUUCAUAGAUAUCCUCAAUCUAGCCCAAUGGAGCUGAAAAUUGAAGUUCAAAAUUUUGAAUGUGAUAAACAAGAUCACAGCCACAAAUUGAGUGCCAGAUCACUGGGUAAAACACAGAGACCAGCAUGCUGGAUUCCUCCCCGGACAGGUUCAGUCAAGUUGAAUAUAGCUGAGAGUUCAAAGACAAAAACAGAAGCUGCUGGAGCUAGUGGAGUGAUACGAGACGAAUCUGGCAAAUGGGUCAUUGGCUAUACUCUUAACUUGGGUAGCUAUAGUUGUUUGGGAGCAGAACUGUGGGCUGUAUAUCAUGGCUUAAUGCUUGCCUGGGACAGAGGAUUUAAGAAAGUCCUGGUGGAAUCUCAGUCUCUUGAGUCAUUGGAGUAUCUAAAGAGAGUUCCAGAUGAACUAGAUCCUAAUAGAGCUCUUGCUACAUGCUGCAUGAAUCUAAUCAAGCGUGACUGGGAUUGCCAAUUUCUUCAUAUUCAUAGAGAAGCAAAUGGGUGCGCUAAUUGGUUAGCAACAAAUUUUCAAGACCAUCCAUUGGGACUGACAGUCUUCUAUAAGCCACCUGUUAGUUUGAUUCCUAUUUUACAGAAUGAUUCUAUGAUGGCUGCUCCCUCCUCCACUCAUUUUCAGUCUUAAAUCACUCUAGCCCUAGGAUGCACAAGUUAGCAGACAGGUGAAAAAUACUAAAAUCGGAUACAUAUCGAAAGAAAAGGAAAAUCUAACAGUAACUUAUUUUGUUCAUUGAACACUGAUGUGAAGGUACAAGUGAUAGGAUGUCUGUAAAUACCCCCUUUUCUCAUGGGGACUCUCAUUUUGAUUCCUUAUAUAGUUAUAUACCUGAAAUUUAUUUUAUUUUACUUUUA